CCGCAAAACAAACAUCUCUCAUCAUCACUCAACCCAAACAAACUUCUCACCGUGUAACCACAUAAAACCAACACCAAUACCACCAGCCAAAAUGAAGACCUUCACCACCGUCUCCUCCCUCCUCCUUCUCGGCGCCAGCACCAUCACCGCUGCGCCAGUCACCGCCGCCCCGAGCGAAUUUGACAUCACCAGCUUCAGCGCCAACACACUUCCGCACGGAACCGGUGCCUUCAUAUCCUUCAACAUUGCGAUCCCGGGCACAACCGUAAACACCACCUGCGCAUACUCGGACCAAUCCUCCGUCUCCGCUCUGCCAUCCGUGUCUCUACGCCCCUGCAACGACGCCUCCGUGGAGUGGCAGUUCAAGCAAGACCCCUCGCGGCCGGGGACCGAGGGCCAAUACCGCGUCGUGGUGACGUAUGCGUACGACGCCCCGAAGAAGGUCGCCGGGUACCACGAGUGGCCCGCUACCGACUUCCCCCUCAAGGACUUCGGGUCUACCUUUGAGACCUUCUACACCGGUGCUCCCGACUUUGUCGUCACGAAUCUGUCUUAGUUUAGGGGGAUGUGUUGUCCUACCUACCGAUGUAUAUAGAGAAAGGGGAUUAGAGAAUGCUGUUAGUGGUUAGAGACGUGUAGAUUUAUGCUCUCUCGCGAGUUACGGAUGGAGAAUGUGAAUGGGAAGAUGAUAGCUUUGCAUUGAACAUAGUAGUUCCUGAAUUUAUUAGAACUUAUAAUAUUUAUCGUUUA